AUGUUCAAUACCCCUUUCGAGAUCCACAGACGGUACGACCUCAAAGGUUCUUGGGUCGGCCGUGUCACGAAGGAGGAGGACAAAGACCCGUCAGUUGCCCUCAAGGAUGUCGAUUUCACAAAGGCCAAUGAAUCCAUCCUGGUUGGUGCCGAACGGAAGGCAAAGCUUGCGGCGCAGAUCGAGAAAGACAGCAUCUUCUUGCGGGACAAUAACAUUAUAGAUUAUUCCUUGCUGUUGGGCGUCUACUUGCUUGGUGGCCCGUCUCAGUCCACUGAAGAGAAAGGCGAGCACCCGGAGAGCUGCAUGGGGCUGAGGGGUGCCUCUGCAACUGCGCAGAUGGCAACUGGAGCCACGGUCCGCAUGACUUCAUCGGACGAAUUGCACGGCGAGGUUCCAUUCCAUCAGGCCCACAUGGGUGGCAUGCUGUCCUCUGACCAAAAGGUCUUGUACUUUUUGGGCAUCAUUGACAUCCUGACACCGUACGACAGCAGAAAACACUUGGAGCAUUGGUUCAAGGCACUGCGCUACGACCGCAAAGGGGUUUCGUGCUGCCCUCCUGCCAUGUACGCGGAGCGGUUCAGUUCUUUUUUGAAGAACUGUAUACACUGA